GGCCUCUCGCGGGACCGCGGCCCUCCUCCCCUUCCUCUGCCGCCCGGAACCCGGCUCGGCGCGGGCGGCCGCCGCCAUGGAGUACCUGACGGGACCGCCGGCCUCCACUCAGGGCAACAUCCUCUGCUGCCAGUGCGGCGUGCCCAUCCCGCCCAACCCGGCCAACAUGUGCGUGGGGUGCCUGCGGGCCCAGGUGGACAUCACCGAGGGGAUCCCCAAACAGGGAACCCUCCAUUUCUGCAAGCAGUGCGAAAGGUAUCUUCAGCCUCCAGGAACCUGGAUUCAGUGUACCUUAGAAUCAAGAGAGCUUCUUGCUUUGUGUCUUAAAAAAAUCAAAGCUUCGCUGAGCAAGGUCCGGCUGAUUGAUGCAGGCUUUAUUUGGACCGAACCGCAUUCUAAGAGGCUGAAGCUGAAACUGACUGUUCAGAAAGAGGUGAUAAAUGGAGCGGUUCUUCAGCAAGUAUUUGUGGUGGAAUAUAUAGUUCAGUCUCAAAUGUGUGAAGACUGUCAUAGGAUUGAAGCUAAGGAUUUCUGGAAAGCUGUAGUGCAAGUCAGACAAAAGACUCUGCACAAAAAGACUUUCUACUAUUUGGAGCAGCUGAUUUUAAAACACAGGCUUCAUCAAAAUACGCUUCGCAUCAAAGAAAUCCAUGAUGGCCUGGAUUUUUAUUAUUCUUCAAAGCAACAGGCCCAGAAGAUGGUAGACUUUCUUCAGUGUACAGUUCCAUCUAGAUCAAAAUCGUCCCAACGUUUGAUCUCGCAUGAUAUUCAUAGUAAUGUCUACAAUUACAAAAGCACUUUCUCUGUGGAAAUUGUUCCAAUAUGCAAGGACAAUGUUGUAUGUCUGUCACCAAAACUGGCACAGAGUCUUGGUAACAUGAGCCAGAUCUGUGUAUGCAUUAGAGUAACAAGUACCAUCCACCUCAUCGAUCCUAGCACCCUGCAGAUUGCUGAAAUUGACGGAAAUACCUACUGGCGCCACCCUUUUAAUAGCUUGUUCCACCCCAAGCAACUAGAGGAAUUCAUCAUUAUGGAUAUCAACAGGGUUCAAGACAAAAGAAAAGGUGCAGGUGCAGGGGCAAGAUCAAACAAGCACACACUGGCUGAAGCCUGGGUACAGAAAACCUCGGAGUUGAAUACAGAUCAUCAGUAUUUCUGCUGUACUCACUUGGGGCACAUUCUGAAUCCCGGCGACCUUGUCUUGGGAUUCGACUUGGCGAACUGCAACUUAAAUGACGAGUUUGCCAAUAAGAUGAACCCACACAAUAUUCCUGAUGUGGUACUAAUAAAGAAGAGCUACGACCGUACCAAACGCCAGCGUCGCAGAAACUGGAAGCUGAAAGAGCUAGAAAGGGACAGAGAAGGCAUGGAUACAGAUGAUGAAAGGCAAUACCAGGACUUCCUUGAAGAUCUCGAAGAAGAUGAAGCCAUAAGAAAGAAUGUCAACAUUUAUAGAAAUGCAGAUGUUCCUGUGGAGAGUGAUACAGAUGAUGACGGUCCUCCACGAAUCAGUCUGGCUGAAAUGCUAGAGGAUCUCCAUAUUUCCCAGGAUGCCACUGGUGGAGAGGGAGCAAAUAUGAUGACAGAAUAAGAAUAGCACAUUAGUCAAUGCAGUAAAUAUUCCCUUAGUGAGGAAAAAGUACCCAAAACAUAAGUAAACAUUACAAACUGAUCACAGGAACGUGAAAAGUAACAUGAUAACUACCACUAUACCCUUAAAUAAUGGUCCUGAAUUAAUAUUUUAUAUAUAAUCUUUUAGAGAAUCAGCAGUUAAAGUUGAAUUUCUGGUGCAACCAUUGCAAUGUAAGUUCCACAAGUUCCUCCCAUCCCUCAGUGCUGCUUCCUUGCAACUUCUGCAGCUGACUGACUUCAGGGUUAUACAUUGGGAGUAAUCAUUGUCUUGUGCGGAAGACAGCUGAUAAGGAAGGAUGUCCAGAGGGAGGGAUUUGAUUCUAGUUUGCUACAUUUGUAGGUGGAGUGCCUACCUACUGUUUAUUGCUUUCAUUUCUUUGCAUGGGAAGGAUGUUUCCUGUCUUAAUAUUUUGGUACAAUGGUUUGAAGCCUUUUAUGAUAUUGCUAGAUUAUUCCAUAUAACAAUAUUUUGGGGAAGCUCAAGAAUGUGUCUUCUCUUCCUUUGGUAAGAGAACUCCAAAUAAAUAUGCUUACACAAAAAAACUUCCCUGUAAAUUGAGUGAAUAUGCAGCUGUUGAUCAGAAAGAUUGCAGACUUCUGUUAAGUGUAAUGAAUAUUGGAUUGUACCAUAUUCCAUGCCUGAAUCAGUGGAUUAAAAGCAAUAUGCAUAAUGUCUAAUUAAUACACCAGGUAUGAACUAUUAAAAAACUAUUCAGACA